UGUCAUGUCCUCAUGUAAGUCCUCAUGUCACAGUCAGAAACUGCUGAACAAUUUCACAAGGAAAAUGACCAAAGUGAAGAAAAGAUUGAAGAUAAUUUACCUUCCGUAAAGGAUGAAUGGAUGAUCAGAAGAUGUACAUAUUAUGAUGAAGAGUACAGUGAUUGUACUUCUUAUAGGGCCAGAUUCAAUCAGUACUUCAUCUUUGGUAAAACACUGGAUUGCUCACAGUGGAAGAAGGAUUCUGUAAACUGUUACAAAUGGAAAGACACUGAAGAUGUAAAAGCAGCAAAUGAACUUGUACAAAAUGAAAAGCAAAGAAGGAAAGAAAGGUUAUUACCACAUUAUAGCAAUGAUGUUUGGGUCAAGCGUAAAUCACCCCCUGAAGAUUGGAACAAACCUCUUCCUGCUCAUAUACAGCAAGAAUAUGAAUAUUCUUAUCUUAAUGUGAAGUCAAAAGAAAUGAAAGGAGAAGUUCCACCUUCAUUUGAUAUGGAUUUAGGAUUUUGUAGUAUAAUGUAAUUGUACAGAUUCCAUUGUUUACUGUAGUAAGUAGGUAGAUAUUAAAACAAUAUAUCUAUACAAGCUAUUAUUCAAUUACAAACUAUUACAUUAUCAAAUUAUAUCAAUACUCUUGAAAUUUGCAAUCUCCUUACCAACUUUAUGGAGAAUAUCAUUAGCAACAGAAGUUCCUUCAAUGUUCAGUAUUUUUGAACAUUCAGUGAUAUAAGAUUCCAAGUAUGUAUCCUCAUUGGUUUCAUUGUUCAAUACAUAUUUAUUAGUAAACUGAGCCAAAUUUGAAAAUACAGAACUGAAAGCAUCAUCCAAAUCAAAUAGUUCCAGAGGUGGUGGAGGCAAGUCACGAAAUGAAGGUGGAAAAACAGCAGGCUGUAAAGGUGGAUAAGGUGUUUCAAAUUUCGGAGUUAUUAUCUUCAAAGAUUCAUGUACAACUCCUAACUUGUCAUAGAGUUUCAAAGCCUCAGGAACGAAGUUUGUAUUCAUAGAAUACAUUUUAUGAUCAAAAAUUUUGGUAUAAUCUAUGAGACCAUUAUGACUCACAGCAUCUGUUAGACAUAAUUUUGGUUUUUCAGCUAGUUCAGCUGUUUCAGGAAUGAUAUGGUGGUCUGUAAAAUCCAUAUCAUCAUGAUCCAUUGGGGCAAAAUGCAGUGAUUCAUUGCCAGUCAAGAAUUCCAUCAGGUGUUCUCUCAACUUGUCAUUAUUUUCCUGAUCAAUGUACUUGUCUGAGAACAUGUGACCUGAUCCAACAGCAGCCAGUCUUCCACCAGACUUUUCAUCAUAAAAUAAAGCUGCCACUGGUCUGUCCACAGGAAAGGAUGCUGUUCCACUUGUGAAGGCAACAAGACUGGGUUUGCUUACACUAACACUGCAACCAAAUGGAUAGAUGAACUUGAUGUCUUGCUUUUCAUUGUUCAUCAGUGUAUAGUUUAUCUGACUAUCUGCUACAUAGCAUUCUUUAGGGUGGAAAUAUUUGUAAUAAUGGGUCCUUAUGACACAAUCUAUAUUUGGAAUUAUCCCAAAUUGUUCUAAGAGAAUGUUGAUGUUGCAUGAAUCAGUUGCAUUGCUUUCAGUCAAGAGAACCAAUACUCGUCCACCUUUGUAGAUGAAUUGUCUCAAAGAAUUUAUUUCGCCUUCUUCAAAGGGUUGUUGAGAUCCAGGUAAAAUAAUCAAUGAGCAGGUGUCUAGAAUAUGUGAUGAUAAUUCUUCUUUGUUCAAUAUUACUUUGAAGUAUAAUUUUAGUUUUCUCUGAAAUAUCUUGUAGUUUUCAUUCAACUUGAAUAUUUCUUGCUUUGAUGCAUUGAAUAUAAUAGUAUUCUUAUUUUCUGUUGAAUUAUUGGAUGGAGUCAUUUUAUUUUUAUUUUCACUGUAUAUCUCAAAUUAUUUCAGUUUUGAACACCUUUAUCCUAUCAUAUAUGUAUAAAAUAGAACAUUGAUCACAAUAAUCAUCUAUGAUAGCACC